AUGAAAGGAGGUGUUGAUGUUUCAGCUCAGCCUCAGAUAAAAGUGAAGACCUCCCCUCCAAGGAAAACCCAUUUCAGUGUUCAUCAGCCAAAGAGACCCGCAAGAAAGAUCAGAGUAUGAGUGACACAAACCAAGCAGUUCUGAGAACACUGCUUGCUAGGUCUUCAAAUCCUGUCUCUUUUCUUGGAACAUGGGCUUUCUGCAGUGUCACUCUCCAAUUUCAUCUACCUAAACAGAGUUUGCUCUUGAAAGAAACCCCAUUUCGUCAUCAUCCAGCUCCUUUCGACGUGUUGUUCCUGUUUUUAGGUUCCUGUUGUUUUCUUUGAAUUUGUACCAAAUUCUGCUCUUUAGUCAUGAUCAUGUGCAGAAAAAGCACAAACCUUUAAGCCCUUUAACCAUGUCCUCCCUGCGAAAACUUAUCACUGGACCAGUGAAAGUCUUCUCAGAUUUUUUCUCUUCUUUAGGGUUCUUUUGGUUUUCCUUUUAGCACUUCUUUUUAUUGGAAAUCUUUUGAUUAAUUUCCACAGAGAAGUUUCCUCUCAAGUCCCAAGCAAAAAACCAGAUUACAAUCGUCUUCUGAGUCUCAGACUCUCAGUUCCUUUUUUUCACUUUUUUUUUUUUUUUUUCUUUAGGGUUCAUUCGGAGCAAUGAUUUCUUCCUCGCUUUGGUACUGAAUUCUUCUUCUUCUUGUGCUUCAAGGACAUGGGUUCUUUGUAAGGAGAGCAGGUUUCACUGCUCCCACAAUAGCUUGAAUCCAUUACUGGGUUUAGUACUAUUCCUUGGCCUUCUGGUAAAGGGGUUAUUACGAAAUUUGAUCUCUUGGGAUAUUCUUCGUCUUCUUCAAAAUGGGUUGCGCCCACGGAAAGUGCUGUGGCCGCUACCCAUCUUCAUCCGAUGGGGAUAUUCGAGAUUUUCGAGAUUCUGGUAUACGAAAUAGCAACAACGUCCAUGUACUUGGGAAUCAUCGACACACACACACUGAGAGAUCGUUGGAGUUCGCUCCUGUGCCUUCCCACAACUUCCAUUUAGAGUUUUCAGUCCUCACGCAACGAGGCUACUACCCGGACUCCCCUGAGAAAGAAAACCAAGAUAGUUUCUGCAUCAAAACCCAAGUCCAAGGUAACCCAAAUCUCCAUUUCUUCGGUGUCUUUGAUGGGCAUGGCCAGUUUGGCACUCAGUGUUCUAACUUUGUUAAGGAUAGGCUGAUAGAGAUUCUCUCUGAGGAUCCCGCAUUGUUGGUAGAUCCUGUAAAGGCAUAUAAUUCUGCAGUACUAGCCACGAACUCCGAACUUCACAGUAGUGAGAUAGACGAUUCAAUGAGUGGUACCACUGCAAUUACUGUUCUUGUUUGUGGUGACACCCUUUAUGUCGCAAAUGUGGGUGAUUCAAGGGCCGUAAUUGCUUUCAAGAGCGGGAAUCGGGUUGUCGCGGAGGACCUCUCUCGUGACCAGACACCAUUCAGGAAAGAUGAAUAUGAGAGGGUUAAGCUUUGUGGGGCGAGGGUUCUGACUGUUGAUCAGGUGGAGGGUUAUAAGGAUCCUGAUAUUCAGAGCUGGGGGGAUGAAGAGAGUGCUGGUAAUGAUCCCCCAAGACUGUGGGUACAGAAUGGGAUGUAUCCUGGCACUGCAUUUUCAAGGAGUGUUGGUGAUAGUACAGCUGAGAAGAUUGGUGUGAUUGCUGUUCCUGAGGUGACAGUUGUUCAGCUUACACCUAAUCAUUUGUUCUUUGUAAUUGCUAGCGAUGGGAUCUUCGAGUUCCUCUCUAGCGAAGCGGUUGUCAAUAUGGUAGUGAGGUACACAGAUCCACAAGAAGCAUGUGCUGCCAUUGCUAGAGAAUCAUACAGGCUGUGGUUAGAACAUGAAAACAGAACAGAUGACAUCACAAUCAUCAUUGUACAUAUCAAGGACUUAUCUAAUUCAGGUGCUGACACUGAUGAAACUCGUGGUGGUAACAUGAAGACAACAGGAAAAGGAUCUGCAAACCCAUCUGGGGGAUCAGAAGUGUACCGAUCUGUGAGAAGCAAUUUUUCAGAAUCUCACUCACAUCAGUUCAACUUUCCAACAGAGCGGAACCCUGCUUGUGUUGCUCCAUCUCCAACACAUUCCAGGUCCUUGGAAACGUGAAUUAAGCUAGAUGGAGUCGGGAAGUUUCUUCACUUCAUCCUGUUUCAUAUGCAUGUAAAGGGUACUGAACUGUUCUCCAAAAUCUUAAGCUUAAAUCAAAUCACAAUGGAACUUGUUAUUCUGUUCAAUAUGGGAAAAGAUGUCCAAGGUGGACAAUCCAGAUAAAUGACAAGCAGGUUAUCGAUCGUGUUUGGUGUACCAUCCAAGAUCUGCGCAUAUACUUUAACCCGGACUAAAGUUUCAUGUUGCUCUGUGCAUUACAGACCACACUGAUCUUGUGGUUUCUGCUAUUCAAGAAUUACCAAAUGCACAUGUAUAUACGUGGACUUGCUUAUCCAAUGUAGGAGGGAAUAGAAUUUAGCUUUGGAGGCAUUGCAAAGCUUAUGCAAAAGGUUACCUGUCUAGAGAAGAAUUGUGAAGCUGGGAAGAUACGGAUUACAAUAAGGUGGGAUGGAGGAGAAGGAAGGUGUUGACAUUGGCCACUUUCCACUAAAUUUAGAAAGAAUACUAUUUAUAAGGUAGUGGGAAGUCCCAAUAAUAGUUCUAUAUAUUCUAAUUUCAGUUCACCUCUCGUCUUCCAUGUAUCCAAUUCUACUUGCAAUGUUUGUUUGUUUGUCUCUUUCUUAUUUUUUGGGGUGAAUUUAUUUGGAAUGAUUAAUUAAAACCCAGUUGCUCUCCUAUGUUCAA